AUGAGGGCCACAUACAGGGCCGUUGUUAGUUGCGGCUUAUGGCUUCAUGUUGCGGCCAGUGUCCAACCAGGACCUGCGCUUGCUGCGCUGGCUACCCAUAAAGGCAACCUUUAUAUCCGCCAAGAUCCACCAGCUCCUGAUGGCUGCAGUCAUACCCACCGAAGCUGGGCAGAUUGGUAUCAAUCCUCCAGGCCCAGAGCCUACUGGAUCGGCGUUGACCCUUCUCACAUUGCCGUCACCCAAGUAACCACGACGAACGCCGCGGGUGAGACCGGGGUGGUGACCCUCACCAAGGGCAUCAGCGCCAGCAAGAACGCCGAGGGCGGUCUCGAUAUCCUCAUAAGCCCCGCCGUCAAGGCCAAGCUUGAGGCUAUCGCCAAGGAAGUAACGCCAUGUGCAGCCAAGCGUCGGCGCCAAGUCCGGAACCGCAAACGAGCCGGCCCAGCCUGUGGCCUGGCUGACUUUGUGCAACGCGUCGGCGCCGACCAAGAGCUGCAGGAGACAUUUGCCCACCCGCUUACGGACCAGGUCUUCAACGACUUUGACGAGGGCUACUCCGGCGAUCCUGCCGACGAUCCUGGCUGGGAGGGCGAUGGCGGACAGGUCGGUCACGAGGACGAGGGCUACUUUUCCGAAGACGAAGAGGGAUUCUUCGAGGCCGCCGAGGGUGACGGCACUGCCGAGAGCAUCGUCAUUUCGUCGCCAGAAGAGGCUGCCGCGAUUGGUGAGAUUCUAUCCGGCGCCGGUGCCGCAGAGGCGGCGGCAGUCUGGGGAGGCUCGACCGUCACAGCGGGUUCGUUCUUGGCAUGGCUCUAUGGCACCCUCAAGGAGGGCAAGGAGCUGUCCUUUGCUCAGAAGAUCCCGGCCGAGAGCGUUCACACGGUCACCAAGACCAAGUCCGAGACGACGACGACUACCACUUCAAGCUGUGCUGUGCAGACAGAUGGACCCCCUCCCUGCGAUAAAGCCUGCAAGCCUACUGCAGUCAAACUUGAGGACCCUCGCGUGACUGACAUAAACUACUGGGCCUGCUCAGAGGGCGACGGCAAGGGCUGCAAGUGCAGAACCGACGCGAAAGAGAUCGCCAGCUAUCCGGACGGCGAGUUGAUGCAACAGAUCCUGGACGUCGCCGGCGUGCUCAAGGACAAGCCACUGCAACCCACCAUCGAAUGCCCCAACGACCUCACCAACGUCCCGAGCAAGUAUCUCGUCGACAAGACGUCGGUCGAGUUCUGCAAGGACGUCAUGGGUGAUCUCGGCAACGAACGCCUCCCCGUAGCGUACGACAUCCACGGCAACAAGAUCCCCCUCCUCCGAGCCGCCGUCGCCGCGGCGGCGUCCACAGACCUCACGGCGCGAUGGCUCGGGAGGAGGUCCCCGCCGACGAACCCCGACAAUUAUCUCGACUACCGGUUCUUCCUGAGCUACACGCCCGGGGGCGACGACUGCCUGGUUCCCAAGGACGACCUCUGCAAGAACGCGUACGAGGCCCUGGUCAAGAGCAACUGCGGCACCAACCACGGCUCAGUCGGCGACAUCAUGUUCGCCGAUUCCUCCAUCGACGUCGGGUGCGGCAAGUUCGCCUGGAAGGUCGAGAAGACGGCCGAGCCCGAGCCCCCGGAGCCCGAGCUCAAGGUGGGAGAGCGCCAGUGCAACGACGGCUACAGCCACGACGACGUGCACAACGACCAGCAGAAGUUCUGGUCCGAGACGUACUGCAAGUGGACGGCGGAAGGCGUCACGCUGAACAAGGGAGACGACAAGCUGAAGGAGAUGUACAUGCACCCCAUCGGCCCGUACGCGGACCUCCACCAGAACUUCAACAUUUCCUGGGUCGAGGGGUGCGAGCAUGCCGAUGGGCAGAAAGCCGACUUGCCCAUCCCUGGAGAUGACAGCGUCACGUGCAACGGCCUCAUGAGGGGGCUGUACGUAGAGUGUCGCGAUAACGGAGGCGCGGGCGGGACCAUUGAUGCCGGCUGUCUGAGGUACCACUUCUGGCCUACAGAGCAGUGA